UUACAGUUAAAUUCUAGCGUGCGAUACCGGAGAGAAUUACCAUUAAAUUAAAGCAACAAAAGAAACGACAUUUCUGCGUAUUAAAUCAGAACUCAUUCCGUUAAAAAAAAAGAUCAAGAAACGCUUGAAUCUUGUGGAUUAUUAUUGGAUUUCCAUUUCUAUUUGGAUUUGACAGUUUCUCUCUGCUCUUUUCAUUCAACAGGUAAAAACCAGUUUCACCAUGAAGUUGACAGGAAUAUUUCUGCUAUUGAUGCUUUGGACCUGCGAGAGCGUACGAGUUGCAGAGAGCCGAGACGACAAUAGCGUGUACGACCUGUUCGAGCUGGUCCACGUCUCCAAGAAGAACCACGGAGUGACCCUAGUGAAGGGCGACGACCCAUACAGUCCCGCCUACAAGAUCCUCAACCCGGACCUGAUCCCCGAGGUCCCCGAGAGCUCCUUCAGGGACCUCAUUGAUUCCAUCCACGCGGAGAGGGGAUUCCUUCUCCUCCUCAACUUCAAGCAGUUCAAGCGGACCAGGGGCUCCCUCCUAACGGUGGAAAAGCGUGACGGAUCCGGAGCCGUGUUCGAGAUCGUCUCCAACGGGAAAGCGAACACCCUGGAUGUGGUUUUCUCCACCGUGAAUAAACAACAGGUGGUGUCGAUAGAAGAUGUGGACUUGGCGACGGGCCACUGGAAGAAUAUUACGCUGUUCGUGCAGGAGGACCGGGCGCAGCUGUAUGUUGGCUGUGAGGAGGUGAACACGGCGGAACUGGACGCUCCCAUCCAGAGCAUCCUCACUCAGGAGACUCCCAUCACCGCGCGUCUCAGAAUCGGGAAAGGAGCGGUGAAGGACCGGUUCAUGGGGGUGCUCCAAAACGUUCGCUUUGUCUUUGGAACCACCUUAGAAGCGAUACUGCGCAACAAAGGAUGCCAAAACUCUGUUCUGACCGAUAGAAUCAUCGUCAUGGACAACCCCAUCAAUGGGUCCAGCCCUGCCAUUAGGACUGACUACACUGGCCACAAAACUAAAGACCUGCAGAUGAUCUGUGGGUUCUCCUGUGAGGACCUGGCUGGCAUGUUCAAGGAACUGAAGGGGCUGGGAGUGGUGGUGAAGGAGCUGUCUAACGAGCUGCGCAAAGUGACGGAUGAGAACAAGCUGUUGAUGAACAGAGCGGGGAUCCACAGUGGAGUCUGUCUGCACAACGGCAUCGUCCACAAGAACAAGGCCGAGUGGACUGUCGACGACUGCACUGAGUGCACUUGUCAGAACUCUGCCACCGUAUGCCGCAAGAUCUCCUGCCCACUGAUCCCCUGUGCCAACGCCACCGUGUCUGAUGGAGAGUGUUGCCCGCGCUGUGGAACACUGAGUGACUAUGCGGAGGACGGCUGGUCCCUCUGGUCUGAAUGGACCCACUGUUCCGUGUCUUGUGGGCGGGGCAUUCAGCAGAGGGGCCGUUCCUGCGACCGCAUCAACAACAACUGCGAGGGAACCUCCGUCCAAACCAGGGACUGCUACCUUCAGGAGUGUGACAAACGCUUCAGGCAGGACGGCGCCUGGAGCCACUGGUCCCCCUGGUCAUCCUGCUCGGUCACCUGUGGGGCGGGUGUCAUCACCCGUAUUCGCCUCUGCAACUCCCCCACACCCCAGCUGGGAGGCAAGGACUGCCAAGGAGAGGGAAGACAGACUGAGAAGUGCACCAAGUCACCCUGCCCCGUCAACGGUAACUGGGGACCCUGGUCGCUAUGGGAUACCUGCUCUUCCACCUGUGGGGGAGGAGCCCAGACACGUAAACGUCUCUGCAACGACCCCGCCCCCAAAUAUGGUGGCAAGGAGUGCCAGGGUGACUCCAAGGCCACUCAGCUGUGCAACAGGAACGCCUGUCCCGUCGAUGGUUGUCUGUCUAACCCCUGCUUUCCUGGGACCAAGUGCACCAGCGUUCCCGAUGGAACAUGGAAUUGUGGGAAAUGUCCCACUGGUUACUCUGGUGACGGCAUCAAGUGCGAGGACAUUGACGAGUGCAAAGAGGUUCCUGACGCUUGCUUCGUGUUCAACGGAGUCCACCGCUGUGAGAACACUGACCCUGGUUACAACUGUCUGCCCUGUCCCGCACGCUACUCUGGACCUCAGCCCUUCGGCAGGGGAGUGGAGGAGGCCACCGCCAAGAAACAGGUGUGUACACCACGUAACCCCUGCUUGGAUGGGAGCCACGACUGCAACAAGAACGCACGCUGUAACUACCUGGGACACUUUGCCGACCCCAUGUACCGCUGUGAGUGUAAGCCUGGCUAUGCCGGAAACGGACACAUCUGUGGUGAGGACACGGACCUGGACGGAUGGCCCAACCAAGACCUGGUCUGUGUGGAGAACGCCACCUACCACUGCAAGAAGGACAACUGCCCCAACCUUCCCAACUCAGGCCAAGAAGACUACGACAUGGAUGGUGUUGGUGACGCGUGUGACAACGAUGAUGACAACGAUGGCAUUCCUGACGACAGGGAUAACUGUCCGUUCGUGUACAACCCCAGGCAAUAUGACUAUGACAGAGAUGAUGUUGGAGAUCGUUGUGAUAACUGUCCUUACAACAGCAACCCUGACCAGACCGACACAGACAACAACGGGGAAGGAGACGCCUGCUCUGUGGACAUUGAUGGAGAUGGUAUUCUGAAUGAGAAAGACAACUGCCCGUAUGUCUACAACGUGGACCAGAGAGACACCGACCUGGACGGUGUGGGAGACAUGUGUGACAACUGUCCUCUGGAACACAACCCUGACCAGGUUGACUCUGAUGACGACCGUGUGGGAGACAAGUGUGACAGCAACCAGGACAUCGAUGAGGACGGCCACCAGAACAACCUGGACAACUGCCCCUACAUCCCCAACGCUAACCAGGCCGACCACGACAAAGACGGCAAGGGAGACGCCUGCGACCACGAUGACGACAACGACGGGAUCCCUGAUGAGAAAGACAACUGCAGACUGGCCUUCAACCCUGACCAGCUCGACUCUGAUGGUGACGGUCGCGGAGAUGUUUGCAAAGAUGAUUUUGACCAAGACAACGUCCCUGACAUCUACGACGUGUGUCCGGAGAACUUUGACAUCAGCGAAACGGACUUCAGGAAGUUCCAGAUGGUUCCCCUGGACCCCAAGGGAACGUCCCAGAUCGACCCCAACUGGGUGGUCAGACAUCAGGGCAAAGAGCUGGUCCAGACCGUCAACUGUGACCCUGGCAUUGCUGUUGGUUUUGAUGAGUUCAACGCGGUGGACUUCAGUGGAACCUUCUUCAUCAACACAGAGAGAGAUGAUGAUUACGCCGGCUUUGUGUUCGGCUACCAGUCCAGCUCCAGGUUCUACGUUGUGAUGUGGAAGCAGAUCACACAGACUUACUGGAGCAACAAACCCACCAAGGCUCAGGGAUACUCAGGACUGUCCAUCAAGGUGGUCAACUCUACUACUGGACCUGGAGAGCACCUCAGGAACGCUCUCUGGCACACGGGCAACACCCCAGGACAGGUGAGGACUCUGUGGCACGACCCUAAGAAUGUUGGCUGGAAAGACUUCACAGCCUACAGAUGGCACCUGAUCCACAGACCAAGAACAGGACACAUCAGAGUGGUCAUGUACGAGGGGAAGAGGAUCAUGAAGGAUUCCGGGAGCAUAUACGACAAGACGUACGCAGGCGGAAGACUAGGCCUCUUUGUCUUCUCGCAAGAGAUGGUAUACUUCUCAGACCUCAAGUAUGAAUGCAGAGAUGCAUAAUUGCACGGAGCAGGAAGCUCUUGGAACAAUGCACCUUUCUGUAUAAAUAUGAACGAUAUGUAUUCCAAUACAAUGUCCAGGGACUGUUUUUUUCUACUCCUCUUUUCUUCUGCGGGACUCACACUGAAGGGGACGAAGGGGGAAAAUUCUGUUGUGGUCAGCCUCGGGGUAAAUUGAUGCUGGUUUGGACAGAGAACCAUCCGGGUGACUGCCAGUCGAAGAUCAGAGAAGCUACUCCUACCCACCCAGAGCAGGUAGAGACGGGGGAAAAAAACAGCCCGUUUGCUUGGCGUGAGUGAGAGACCGACCGAUGUUCCCAACCGUUCCGGACGAUCUCUUUCUGAUCUGAAAGACCUCAUUCAUCCCUGUGCGGGAAAGUCUCCCUAUGGACAACUAUGCACUUCCAAACUUUUACAUCUCUCUCUCGCUAUCCCUCUUUCUAUCCAUCUCUCUCUCGCUAUCCCUCUUUCUAUCCAUCUCUCUCUCUCGCUAUCCCUCUUUCUGCCCAUCUCUCUCUUGCUAUCCCUCUUUCUGUCCA